GCUGAGAAGGUUGCAAACGAUGACCAAAUGACUCUUGGAUGCUGCCAAGUGCUUGAAUUUUUUUUAUCAUAUGAUCAUAGUGAUGCUGUGACGGUUGUAAGACAGUUGUAAGAGCAAAGAACUAUUGUAAGUCACGUUUUCCAAUACUGUUGAACGGUUACUAAAUGGUUGUAAAUUGAGGACUACCUAAACCAAACUGGUGGUGUGCCUUCAUCAUGUGACGUAUCAUGACACACACACCCCUUCGCUAAACCAGGUGGCAUGGCUAGUGCGUGACACAUCUAGCCCAUGGGCCACGAGUUUGACAGCCCUGACCUAGCAAUCCUUUAAAGUAGGAUAGUUAUUCUGUGACUACAGGCCUAUGGGUAACAACCAGGUAUGGUAUAGUGAUUUAUUUUAUAUUUUACUUUUUAUAAAUCUAAGCCAUUUUUUAUUCAUGUCUCCUUAGAUAGAUUAAGUGGAAAUUACUUUGUUAAUGGUAUCAUGGACUCCAAUACUUCUUUAAUAAAGAUUAAAAAUCUGUAUGAAAUCCCUUUCAUACUAUUUAUUCGUUGUGCAGAAUUAAUUUAAGAGCGUUGAAGUAUGAAAUCUUCAUGCUUGGGCCCUUCAUCUGUGAGGAAGGUGCAACUUCCAAUCCAGCACCUGUUUGGGAUUGACUGUUUUAUAUCCUUGAAAUCACUUAGAACCACAAUUUAUAUAGUGUCAUCUGCAGGUGGAUGGAAAAGUCUACCCCAAUAGCUCUUCUAUUGUCACUUUGAUGGGGAAGAUAAAAAACAGGUUAUGCCAGGGUAUACUAUAUAUCUUCCAAGAUGACACUAGAAUGGGCCACAAUGUGAAAUAAUGCAUUUAUUUUUCCUUUCUCGGGAUUAGUGAGAUGGAAAAUACAAAUUAAGCAAUACACAGUGUCUGCAUCUUGUCCUGCAUUUCCAGAAUGAACCUUGCAAGCCAUGGAUUUCUGUUUGUCCCCUAUGGCUUCUUGCCUUUUAUCCACGAAGAAACCAAAACUGAUAUUCCAAAGCCUUGUUUCAUGGAUGAAAAAGUUCAGAACUUGCUCUCCAAGAUGACAGGCCUGGAUUUGCAGAAGAUUUUCAAGGCAAGAAAACAAGAGCGUAAGCCUCCUGUAUACAAGGUCAUGACAGAAUCCCAGCUGGAAGAGGCUUCAACACAAGCUGUUAAGAAGGCUAAAGAGUAUCUGAAAAUGCCUCCUGUACUGAAUGAACGGGAACCAAUCAAUGAUGUAUUAGCUGAGGACAGGAUAAUUGAUGGAUCUGAGCCCUAUAAAUAUGUAUUUACUGAUUUAACAUAUGACAUCCCACACAGUGAGCGAUUCAUUGUAGUUCGAGAAACAAAUGGAGUAUUACGCAAGGCCACUUGGGAGGAACGGGACAGAAUGAUACAGAUCUACUUCCCAAAAGAAGGCCGUAGACUUGUUCCUUCGUUUAUAUUCAGCAAUAAAAAUGCUGCAAUGGCUAUGUUUCUUCAGGACCGUCACGAAGAAUUCCUUGAUCGCUGCCUCCUGCAGUUUGAGCCAGAUUCAGCUGACUAUGCUAGAAUUCAUCAGGAGAUAUAUGAGGAUAUUGAUAAAAAUGGAAAAUACGAUCUGCUCCGUUCAACAAGAUAUUUUGGUGGGAUGGUCUGGUACUUUGUAAAUAGGAAGAAAACAGAAGGAUUGCUGCUGGAUAUGAUCCAAAGAAAUUUGUUUGAAGAUGCUGUAAGUUUAAUUACCCUUUACCAUAUGGUCCAUCCUGAUUGUGAAUCAGCAAGAGAGGCACAAGAACAAGAUAUCCAAGGGAUAGAUUUAAUUAAGGCAUUUGCAAAGGCAGAAACAUCAAGAGCCAGCUACAUUGAACUUAUCCUACAGGCUUAUGAAACACUUUCGCUGAAGUCUGCAGCUUCACAAAGUGACUAGAUCAAUAAAAUCAUUUAAUGUCAAUGUAUGGAAAAGGAGGAAAAAUGUAAAUAAAUCUCUAAAAGAACAUUUUUAUACCAUGUAUGAUAAAAAUAAUUAUUCCACAAUUUCCUCAGUACGCCUAUUUUUUCAUCUUUCUUUUAAAUCAAUCUUAUUCCUUUAUACACCAGAGACUGAAGGAAUCCAAAAGACAUUUAUUGGAAAAUUGUUUGAUCAUGUGAUAUGAACUUGCUACUGUAUCUAAGGAAGCCUACAUCACAAUGGGGAAAUCUAGAACUGUACUGUAAAAGACUGUCCCUAUUUAUUUUUCAUCUUAAAAUAUAAAAAAGAGCCACUUUUCAACAAGAAGACUACACUGUCAAGCAUAACUAGAUGUAAGAAUGCGCAUCAGUUUAAAAGUUCAGUCAGACAUUUCUUCAUCCAGAAAAAUAUCGGUGGUAUCAAUAUCCUCCAAU